AUGGAGGAGCAGCCGAAGGAGGGCGAGGCCGAGGUGGCGGAGCACUGGUUUUCCAAGUGGGAACGCCAGUGCCUGGCCGAGGCCGAGCAGGGGGAGCAGCUGCCCCCCGAGCUGCAGGAGGAGGCGGCCGCGGAGGCAGCGGGGCUCAAGAGCGAGCGGCAGAGGCUGUGGCACCUCUUCCAGAUCUCUGCCACGGCCGUGGCCCAGCUCUACAAGGAUGCCGGGUGCCAACAGCCAGAACUGUCCAUCUGGGACCCCUUCCAGAACGCGGCCAUGGCCGUGACCAGUCUCUACAAAGAGAGCGGGGAUGCCCACCAACGAAGUUUUGACCUGGGCGUCCAGGUCGGCUACCAGCGUCGCAUCAGAGAUGUCCUGGAGUGGGUGAAGAAGGGCCGGAGCACCAUUCUCCGCGAAGACCUGAUCAGCUUCCUGUGUGGCAAGGUGCCCCCCGCACCUCCACCGUCGCGCACCCCCAGGACGCCGCCGAAGCUGUCCGUCGCGGCCGCCGGCCAGGCCGCAGCCACCGGGGCCGGUUCGUCCGUAGACGUCGACCUGCAGCCCUUCCAUGAGGCCAUCGCCUUGCAUGGCCUCAGCGGUGCCAUGGAGAGCAUCAGCGUGAGAUCUGGCGCCCCUGGCUCCCCGCCUCAAGCCAGCGGCGGGGCCACCAAUGGCGUCCCCACCAGUGGCCCUGGAGGUGGGCGCCGAAAAAGUAGCUUCCUGGAGGACGACUUGAACCCCUUCAACUCAGAAGAACCGGCCCUCCGCCUGGACAGUGGGGGGACCCGCAAGCGCACCUCGGCCCAGUGCGGGGAUAGUGUCACAGACUCCCCCACCCACAAGCGCAACCGAAUGGUCUGA